AGUGUUUUCCCGGAGGACGCACCUUUGUGUCUUUGCAAGGCAGAAAGCUGCGCAGCUCCGUGUAUGACUCGGCAGCUGGAACGUUCGGACAACAAAAUGUCAGUCAAUAAUGCUUUUCAAGUGGCUAACAUUCCAUGGAGGAAUAACAAUUUUACCAUGUCGAAUAAAGACCCACCUUUCUCGGAUCAAGGGGAGACCAUUAUAGGAAUAUACCUGCUGGUUCUAGGUUGGAUGUCGUGGUUCGGCAACAGUAUCGUGAUCUUCGUCCUGUACAAGCAGCGUGGGUCGCUGCAGCCCACGGACUAUCUGACCUUUAACCUGGCCAUCUCAGACGCCAGUAUUUCCGUCUUCGGCUACUCCCGGGGGAUCAUGGAGAUCUUCAAUGUGUUCCGGGACAGCGGAUACCUGGUUAACUCCAUCUGGACAUGCCAGGUGGACGGCUUCUUCACCUUGGUCUUUGGCCUCAGCAGCAUCAAUACUUUGACUGUCAUCAGUGUCACAAGAUACAUCAAGGGAUGCCAUCCGAGUAAAGCUCACUGCAUAACCAACACAACCAUGGGCAUGUGCCUAAUAUUCAUCUGGUCAGGGGCUGUGUUCUGGUCGGCAGCGCCCCUUCUGGGCUGGGGGAGUUACACAGAUCGCGGAUAUGGAACGUGUGAAAUCGACUGGGUCAAAGCCAACUACUCCACCGUCUACAAGUCCUACAUAAUCUCCAUCCUCAUCUUCUGCUUCUUCGUCCCCGUGCUGGUCAUGCUCUUCUCCUACGUGUCCAUCAUCAACACAGUGAAGAGAGGCAACGCCAUGGCCGCCGAGGGAGACCUGACGGACAGGCAGAGGAAGACUGAACGGGACGUCACCAUCGUAUCCAUUGUCAUCUGCACAGCAUUCAUCCUGGCGUGGUCGCCGUACGCCGUGGUCUCCAUGUGGUCGGCCUGUGGCUUCCACGUACCCAGCCUCACCAGCAUCUUCACCCGCCUCUUUGCCAAGUCGGCCAGCUUCUACAACCCGCUCAUCUACUUCGGCCUCAGCUCCAAGUUCCGCAAGGACGUCGCCAUCUUGCUGCCUUGCACCGGCGAUGGCAAGGACACAGUCAAGCUCAAGCGUUUUAAGCCGAAAGGCGAGGCUCACCAGGGCUCCGGAAGAGGCAAUGGACUCAAAGCACAUCCUCAUCACCAGAAGGAGAUGAAGGAGAUGAAGUAUGCCCCUGGAAAUCCGUAUCUGCUCACGGCGACUAAGGCUGCCCCAAGCCCAGAUUCGGGAGUGGGGAGCCCCCCCUGUACUCCUCCCGCCAACAAGGAGAUGUACUUUAUCGAGGUGCCCCUUAUCGAGGUGCCCCAUCUGUCUGAUGGACCAGAGUGGGAAUGUGACAGACUCUAAGAACAAUCCAUUUUUUUACUUUAAAGGUGGCUACUUGAAUUUUAGGGGAUGUUAAUGUUAAGGAUAACUAUUUUGUAUUUGAUUUGUGUAAGUAUGUAUACCUGUUGAUACAGUUUGUUAUUUUCUUAAUGAAUUGUGUUUAUACUUGCGAAGGGAACAAGUUGAAAGAUGUUUGCAAUAUCAAUACUCAUAUUGUCA